CAAUCCCAACUGGAACCUCACACCAAAAGGAAACAUGAUAGUGAUGACUGACGUCACUGCAGCCCCCAGAUUGGGGUCAGCUGCCACCACUCCAGCUGUGGCUCCCAACUUCUCCUGGAUGCCAGAGGAUGGCAGCCCCACAGCUGUGGAGCAGCCAAUAUUCCUCAUGACCACCGCUGCUCAGGCCACCUCGGGUUUCUUUGUAUGGACAGCUUUGCUCAUCACCUGCCAUCAGAUCUACAUGCACCUUCGCUGCUAUAGCUGCCCAAAUGAACAGCGCUACAUUGUUCGGAUCCUCUUCAUUGUGCCCAUUUACGCCUUUGACUCAUGGCUCAGUCUCCUGUUCUUCACCAAUGACCAGUACUAUGUUUACUUUGGCACAGUGCGGGACUGCUAUGAAGCCUUUGUAAUAUACAACUUUCUCAGCCUCUGCUAUGAGUACUUGGGAGGGGAGAGCUCCAUCAUGUCUGAGAUCAGAGGGAAACCAAUUGAGUCCAGCUGUGUAUAUGGGACUUGCUGCCUGUGGGGAAAGACCUAUUCGAUUGGAUUCCUGAGGUUCUGCAAACAGGCUACCCUGCAGUUCUGUGUGGUGAAGCCCCUCAUGGCGAUCAGCACAGUCGUCCUUCAGGCCUUUGGCAAGUACCAGGAUGGUGACUUUGAUGUAACCAGUGGCUACCUCUACGUGACGAUCAUCUACAACAUCUCUGUCAGCCUGGCACUGUAUGCCCUCUUCCUUUUCUACUUUGCCACACGUGAACUGCUCAGUCCCUAUAGCCCAGUCCUCAAAUUCUUCAUGGUGAAGUCUGUCAUUUUCCUGUCCUUCUGGCAAGGGAUGCUGUUGGCCAUCUUGGAAAAGUGUGGUGCCAUCCCUAAAAUCCACUCUGCCAGCGUGUCUGUUGGUGAAGGCACAGUAGCUGCUGGGUAUCAGGACUUCAUCAUUUGCGUGGAGAUGUUCUUUGCAGCCAUCGCCCUACGCCAUGCCUUCACAUACAAGGUGUAUGUGGACAAGAGACUUGAUGCCCAAGGUCGUUGUGCUCCCAUGAAGAGCAUCUCCAGCAGCCUCAAGGAGACCAUGAACCCCCACGACAUAGUCCAAGAUGCGAUCCACAACUUCUCCCCAGCCUACCAGCAGUACACCCAGCAGUCAACGCUGGAGCAUGGUCCACCCUGGCGCAAUGGCAGUCAUGUCAUCUCACGCUCCCACAGCUGCUCGGGUGCCCGUGACAAUGAGAAGACCCUCUUGCUGAGCUCUGAUGACGAAUUCUAGGAGGGGAAACUGCCAGCACAGGCUGUCAUUUUCCUUCUUUUGUUGUUUUUUUUU